AUGAAAUUAAUAGCUACUUUUUUUAAUUUAUUCUUUUUAGCAGGUGCUAUUUUAUUAUUAAUUUUUACAGUAUUAUCAGGUUCAUCAAGACAUAGACCAUUAAAUAAAUUUUAUUGGUUAGAAGCAGAUACUUCAAAUAUUCCUAAUGCUCCAGCAUCAAGAUCAGCGUGGACAUUUUGGGGUGUAUGUGAUAAAAAUGAUUAUAGUAAUUGUUUAUUAGGACCAGCUUAUCCUAUAUCACCAGUUGAUAAUUUUGAAACAACAAGAAAUAUACCUGAAAAAUUUUCAUCACAAGAAAAUACUUUUUAUUAUUUAAGUAGAUUUGCUUUUGCUUUUUGUUUAAUUGCAUUGGGAUUUGCCGGAUUAGCUUUUAUUAUUGAUAUUUUAGGAUUCUGCUUUUUGAUAAUUGAUAAAAUUGUUAUAUUUUUAAUUAGUAUUGCAUUAUUUUUUAUGGCUGGAUUUGCAGCUUUCCAAACUGCAGUAGUUGUAUUAGCUAGAUCUGCAUUCCAUUCAGAUGAUUUAUAUGCUCAUAUUGGUGUUAAAUCAAUGGCUAUUAUGUGGGCUGCUUUUGCUUGUUUAAUUAUUUGUUGGGUUAUAACAUUAAGUGCAAAUAUUGUAAAUAGUUAUAAAAAAAAUAUUAAUAGAGUUAAUGGUGAAAAAGGAAAUAAUCAAUCUCAACAACAACAACAUCAUCAAACAGGGGCUGCUGGUAUAAGAGAUGAUUCUUCAUUUACAAGAGCUAAAAAUGUUGAUGAUGAAAAUCAAAAUGGUGGAGGAAUUAGAUUUUUUAAAAUUAAAAGAAAUCAAAAAGUAAAUGAUGAAGAUUCAGUUUAA